AUGCCUCACCCUCUCUGGGGGGUAAAAAGUUGUCGGCCAAGUGUCGGGAAGGGCGGGCUCCUGAGCCCUUCGCCUCAAAUAAACCAGCACUCCCUUCUUCGCCUCAGACUUUUCUCUCGUUUUACACUGUCGCCGGCAGCGUCCCUGUCUGGCCCCUGCGGUUCGGUCACUUUAGUGACGAGAAAGCCGGAGCACCAGCACCGGGCGUGCUGGCGGGAGCAGGGUGGAGCAGGGCGGCCGGCGAUCGCCAGCUCCAGGCCGUGGAGGCGCUUCCUCAUCGAUCCCCGCACAAAAUUGGCUCGGUGUGAAUACGGCACCCAUGGUGUGACAGUGACGCUAUCACUUGUAGAUAUGAACACUGUCUGGAAAAACAUGCCAUUGGCUUCGGCAAAGUUACUGUAUGGCGGAGGAAGAAAUCAAAAGAUCCUUUUAACCACAUGCCAGGGAAUAUGUGAGGUUUCCAUAAAUGGGCUUGAUGUCAUUCUCUUCUUGGAUUUUAAAUUAUUUCUUUGUCCAAAGUUCUUGCAUACCAACUCUACCAGUCACACCUGGCCUUUCAGCGCAAUUGCAGAACUUAUAGAUAAUGCUUAUGAUCCAGAUGUCAGUGCUAAGCAAAUAUGGAUAGACAAAACGGUGAUAAAUGACAAUAUAUGCUUGACAUUUACUGAUAAUGGAAAUGGUAUGAACUCGGAGAAGCUGCACAAGAUGCUAAGUUUUGGCUUCAGUGAGAAAUCUGUGAUGAAUGGCCGUGUUCCUGUGGGACUGUAUGGAAAUGGGUUUAAAUCGGGGUCCAUGCGCCUGGGAAAAGAUGCAAUAGUCUUCACCAAAAAUGGGGAAACCAUGAGUGUGGGCCUGCUAUCUCAGACUUUCCUUGAAGUCACAAAAGCAGAACAUGUCAUGGUUCCUAUAGUGACGUUCAACAACCAACGACAGAUAAGUGAUCCAGCAGAAUCCAAAAACAGCCUGAAGGCCAUCUUAACACAUUCUUUAUUUUCUACUGAGGAGAAGUUACUGGCAGAGCUAGAUGCUAUAAUAGGGAAAAAGGGAACAAGAAUUAUCAUUUGGAAUCUUAGAAGAGAUAAAAAUGAAAAGACAGAGUUUGACUUUGAUAAGGAUAAAUAUGACAUCAGAAUUCCUGAAGACUUAGAUGAAACAGGCAGAAGAGGAUAUAAAAAACAAGAGAGACUGGACCAAAUUGUUCCAGAAAGUGACUACUCACUGCGAGCUUAUUGCAGUAUUUUGUAUCUGAAGCCAACAAUGCAGAUCAUUCUGCGAGGACAAAAAGUGAAAACACAGCUUGUUUCCAAAAGCCUUGCCUUCAUUGAACGCGAUAUAUAUAGGCCAAAAUUUUUGAAUGCUAAAACAGUAAGAAUUACUUUUGGAUUUAACUGUAGAAACAAAGAUCAUUACGGAAUAAUGAUGUACCAUAAAAACAGACUCAUCAAAGCUUAUGAAAGAGUUGGCUGUCAGUUAAAGGCAAAUAACAUGGGAGUUGGUGUAGUUGGGAUUAUUGAAUGCAACUUCCUAAAACCAACUCAUAACAAACAAGAUUUUGACUACACAAAUGAAUACAGACUUACAAUAGCAGCAUUAGGAGAAAAGCUUAAUGAUUACUGGAAUGAAAUGAAAGCAAAGAAAAAUGAAGAAUAUCCAUUAGCUUUGCCGGUUGAGGAGAUACAAAAACAACCUGAUCAGACAUGGGUACAAUGUGAUGCGUGUCUGAAAUGGCGGAAGCUGCCAGAUGGAAUAGAGCACUUGCCAGAAAAGUGGUACUGCUCACUGAACCCUGACCCACAAUUCCGGAAUUGUAAUGUGCCAGAAGAACCAGAAGAUGAUGACUUAAUACAUCCUACAUAUGAGAAAACUUACAAGAAAAAAGACAGGGAAAAACUGAAGAAGCGACUGGAGUACACCCACCAGAUCAAUAAUGAAAUGUUUUUAAAAACACCUGUUUCUUCAAGUAAAGACUUCAAAACAUUCUCAGCUGUGAGUGGAAAGGAAGCUGUUUCAAGAUCACUUUUACCAGAAACUUCAAAUGCUUCUGUCAAAAGACCUCUGCUUAUUUUAAAUAGAUCAGUAUCUACACCUCAUUCUGAUUCUGAUAACAGUCUUAAACGGAAGACACCUAAUUCUGUGACACCUGUGUCUUUAAAGACGCCUCGAUUAAAUGACAGAACGUUCAACAGCCAUGAUGAUGAUGAUGUCAUCAUUUUAGAAGAGAGCAGUACUCCAAAGCCUUCAGCAGAUUCUGAUGUUCCUGUAGUAAAGACUGAAUGUAUUAAUUUGGAUCAAGAGCAGAAGCGGAAAGAAAACUCUGAUAUUGGAGAACCUUGCAGCGCAGCUACUUCAGAAUCAAAAAGUGAACAGUUGACCUCAGCGACGCAGACAGAGCUCCCCAGCUUAGUUGUUAAAAAGGAAGAGGUGGAAGAUGACAUCGACAUUCAAGUUCCCAGGGCAGAGGUGGAAGCUAAACAGCACAAUGUUAAUGGUAUUUCUGAGACAUCUGUAGAUCUUGGAAAGGAACUGAAAAAUCAGCUGCAGUUAUUAAACAAAGAAAAAGAUAUGUACCAAAACAAAUGUGAAGUAUUAACCAAACAAGUAGAAACACUGGAACAGAGGAUUUUAGAAAUGAAUAACAAGUAUGUAAAAAAAGAAAUGUGCCAUCAGUCAACUGAAACAGUUUCUUCAUUUGAAGAAGAAAACAUCCAUGGAAAAAGUUUGGCAGAAGUGACCAUUCUCUAUGAACAGGCCUUAGAAGAAGUAGCAAAACUAAAGGAACAAUGCAGUACCCUGCAGAACUUAAAAACUGAAUGCAGCAAGUGUGCUGAUGGUGAAAGUAGGAGUGAGGUAGAUGAAAUUGCUGUGCAGCUGGACAAUGUCUUCAGGCAACUGGACAAGUGCACCAUUGAGAGAGACAGAUACAAAAGUGAGAUUGAACUACUAGAAGUGGAAAAAAAUCAAAUGGCCUGUCAAUGUGAAGAACUCAAAGCAGAAAUCGCACAGUUAAAAGCUUCAAUUCCUCAAGCAGUAGCACGUGCAAAUGAUUCUACCACCAGUAAUGUAGAGGACUCUGUAAAUUUUUCUGAUGGAGAAAGCCUGAAACUCCGCUCUCUUCGAGUGAAUGUUGGACAGCUUCUGGCUACAAUCAUGCCUGAUCUAGACUUGCAGCAAGUAAAUUAUGAUAUUGAUGUAGUAGAUGAAAUUUUAGGACAAGUUGUAGAACAAAUGCAUGAAAUCAGUAGUACCUAAUGUCUUAAGAUUUUAGCAGACUCUUACUUGAUCUUCCAUUUUAACCUUUGUGUGGGUUCAAAAUUGUAUAUACUGCUUCUUCACUUUAUAUUCAAUAAGUGUAUAUACUUUACACGUUUAGAUGUUCCCACAGUUGCAGUGGGUGUUAUCUUCACUUCCUCUUAAAGGAGCACUGUUGAUAUUGAACAACCUUGAUGUACUUAAUUAAGGAUUUUGCUUUUAAAAUGUAUUUGUAAUUAAAUUUGCAAAUAUUUUUAUUAUUAGGAAUCUUAAUACUUUUCUACAAAAGCUUUUUUGUUGACUGUUGAUCUUAUAUGAGUAUUAAUACUUGGAAUUAUUUCCUCUUCUAAAAUCUAAGUAGUGGAAUACAUAAAAAAUGCAAAAAAGAACUGUUCUUGAUUUUCUUCUCAGAACAAACCUUAGUAGUGUUAUUGUAUACUACAGUAUUGUUUCAUUGCUGUCAGCAAUGUUGUAAUGUUGCAUUAAUGGGAUAGAAAUGUAACUAGUAGAUGAACAUUUUGGCCAUAUGGGUAAUAUUUGUGUUUUACUACCAAAAGAAGAUAAGUUCUUUAAGGGUUUCAUCCUGAAAACAGGUGAUCUUUGACUCCCUUUUGGAUUUUUUUUAUGUCACUAGAGAACACUAUCUGUACAUAAUUUUACAGCAUAAACAGCUCCAUGGGAUACAGUUAGGAUGCUUCAGCCUUUUCAGUGAUGGAAACCACAUGCCUGUUUGUGUCCUGCCCUUGCUACUUGAUUGUUGCUUGCUCCAUCCAAGAACCUGUCUCUAUUUGAGCAUAGUCAGAGGGAUCUACCCUGAAGUUCCCAUUUGAACACAGCAGUGCUGGGUCACCAGACCAGCUGUGUUACAUGCCAGUACAUUACUUCAGUGGUCCACACACAGCUCUUGCCUGCAUUUUUCCACAUCAAAGGCAGCUGCUUGGCUGGGAAACAUCCUGGUGGACCAUUGAGGAGAACAAACUGGGGUGGCAUAUCCAAAUCUAGGGUAGGAGUCCUGGGUAACCUCUGCUCUGCAACAAAUACCACCACUUCUUGAAACCUGAAGACCUUUUUUCACGGAAGCCCAGUGCUGAACAGGGUUGACAUAGAGGUUCUGUGAUGUAUAAAAAUGUUUAUGUCUAUUAUCUCAACCAAAUUGUUCCAGUAUUAAACAUAUAAUCUGCCUUGGAGCCUUUAAGGCUGA